AUGGUUGACUGUGGUCCAUCCUGUGCUGUCCCAUCCUGCGCUUCCACCCCCACUGUUGGGUUUGGCUCAGCAGGAGGUCUUGGCUAUGGUGGUCUCGGCUCUGGAUGGGGAGGUCUCGGCUAUGGAUGGGGAGGUCAGGGCUUCGGAUUUGGAGGCCUGGGCUAUGGAUAUGGAGGUGCUGAAAGAGCAGCCAACCUUGGAGUCCUGGCAGGAGUUGCCCCAUCAUGCGUCAACCAGAUCCCACCAGCAGAGGUCGUGAUCCAGCCACCUGCCUCCGUUGUGACCAUCCCAGGGCCCAUCCUCUCUGCCAGCUGUGAGCCUGUGGCUGUUGGAGGCAACACUCCAUGUGCUGUUGGUGGUUCCGGGAUCGUAGGGGGUUAUGGCUAUGGAGGGUGGGGCUAUGGGUCUGGCCUCCUUGGAAGCUCUGGGGGCUGGGGCUAUGGUUUGGGCUACGGGAAGGGGGCACUCCUUGGAAGGAGGUUUGGGCGUCGUGGUAGCAUCUGUGCAUAG